AUGGGAUUCCAACCCAGCAAGCAAGGGAGACAGGAGCUCCCUGGACUGAAUCUUCAGUCUAUCAUAGUUAUUACUUACUAAUAAAAUUAGGAAAGCUGGGAUUCCAACCCAGCAAGCAAGGGAGACAGGAGCCCCCUAAACUGAAUCUUCAGUCUAUCAUAGUUAUUACUUACUAUUAAAAUUAGAUAAACUGGGAUUCCAACCGAGCAAGCAAGGGAGACAGGUGCUCCCUGGACUGAAACUUCAGUCUAUCAUAGUUAUUACUUACUGUUAAAAUUAGAGAAACUGGGAUUCCAACCCAGCAAGCAAGGGAGACAGGAGCUCCCUGGACUGAUACUUCAGUCAAUAAUAGAUGAAAGUUACUAUUAAAACUAGAUAAACUGGGAUUCCAACCCAGCAAGCAAGGGAAACAGGAGCUCCCUGGACUGAUACUUCAGUCAAUAAUAGAUGAAACUUACUAUUAAAAGUAGAUAAACUGGGAUUCCAACCCAGCAAGCAAGGGAGACAGGUGCUCCCUGGACUGAUACUUCAGUCAAUAAUAGAUGAAACUUACUAUUAAAAGUAGAUAAACUGGGAUUCCAACGCAGCAAGCAAGGGAGACAGGAGCUCCCUGGACUGAUACUUCAGUCAAUAAUAGAUGAAAGUUACUAUUAAAACUAGAUAAACUGGGAUUCCAACCCAGCAAGCAAGGGGAGACAGGUGCUCCCUGGACUAAAACUUCAGUCUAUCAUAGUUAUUACUUACUGUUAAAAUUAGAGAAACUGGGAUUCCAACCCAGCAAGCAAGGAAGACAGGAGCUCCCUGGACUGAUACUUCAGUCAAUAAUAGAUAAAACUUACUAUUAAAACUAGAUAAACUGGGAUUCCAACCCAGCAAGCAAGGGAGACAGGAGCUCCCUGGACUGAUACUUCAGUCAAUAAUAGAUAAAACUUACUAUUAAAACUAGACAAACUGGGAUUCCAACCCAGGAAGCAAGGGAGACAGGGGCCCCCUGGACUGAUACUUUAGUCAAUGAGAGAUGAAACUUACUGGUAAAAGAAACCAUUCUCUGGAAUUCCAACGCAGCAAGCAAGAUAAGUAAUUCCUGGAGUGAUACUACAGUCUAUUAUGCAUGUAGUAGAACCUUUAAUACCCUAAUUCUAGAACUAAAUGAAGUGCAUUAGAUCUUAGCUUUAAUUAUUAUUUAUAGUAUUAUAAUGUUCGAGCAGCAGCAAUUCUUUCAAUAAAUUUAAUAGCAGCCGUAAGUAGAAAAAGGGGAUUCCAAAAACAAAGUUGGCCUAUUGUUGCCAAUACAGUGGCCUCAAGCCAGGUGGAGGGUUUCGUGCGUUCCACAGGGUGCUUGUCUACUUAUGCGGUGAGAGUGGUACUGAGCCAUCAGUUACACCGAGGUCUGGGUGGUCGCCUCUGACCGACAGGUGAUGUAUUGGGCACCUGAUAAGAAAACGGCCGUUGCACUCAAGUGCUUAUUGACUCAUUCUGCAGUGGUGCAGAGCUUUACGAGUGAUACUGCAUGGGCCGUAGCGGUGUACCGCUCAUCGGGUCAUGCCAUAUCUCAGCUUCUGUCACGAAACAAGUCUGUUGUAAGCGCUCAUGCCCAGGUGUCCCGGUAUGGACGCAAGCGGAGGUCCCCCAAUUUAUAUGGCCGUUGCACUCACGUGCGUCUCGGAUACUGCACAGGCCAUACACCCUUUUCUUUAGGUCAUAGCAUAUCUCAGCUUCUGUAACGAAACGGGUUUUUUCAAGUUUUUAAUUUUUUUUUGGUUGUUGUUUAAAUAAAAAAAAUCUCAGUUAUUUUAGGUAUAAUUUCAGAUUUUCUUGGAAAGAGUUGUUGCUCUAAGAAGAUUAUCACUGAUUUUCAAAGUAAUAUGCACUUAGGGCAACUGGGAUUCCAACCCAACAAGCAAGGGAGACAGAAGCUCCCGAACUGAUACUUCAGUCAAUAAUAGAUAAAACGUACUAUUAAAACUAGAUAAACUGGGAUUCGAACUUAGCAAGCAAGGGAGACAGCAGCUCCCUGGACUGAUACUUCAGUCAAUAAUAGAUGAAAGUUACUAUUAAAACUAGAUAAACUGGGAUUCAAACCCAGCAAGCAAGGGAGACAGGAGCUCCCUGGACUGAUACUUCAGUCAAUAAUAGAUAAAACCUAGUGUUAAAACUAGAUAAACUGGGAUUCGAACUUAGCAAGCAAGGGAGACAGCAGCUCCCUGGACUGAUACUUUAGUCAAUAAUAGAUGAAACUUACUAUUGAAACUUAAUAAACUGGGAUUCCAACCCAGCAAGGAAGGGAGACAGGAGCUCCUUGGACUGAUACUUCAGUCAAUAAUAGAUGAAACUUACUAUUAAAACUAGAUAAACUGGGAUUCCAACCCAGGAAGCAAGGGAGAGAGCAGCUCCCUGGACUGAUACUUCAGUCAAUAAUACAUAAAACUUACUAUUAAAACUAGAUAAACUGGGAUUCGAACCCAGCAAGCAAGGGAGACAGGAGCUGCCUGGACUGAUACUUCAGUCAAUAAUAGAUGAAACUUACUAUUAAAAGUGGAUAAACUGGGAUUCCAACCCAGUAAGCAAGGGAGACAGGAGCUCCCUGGACUGAUACUUCAGUCAAUAAUUGAUAAACCUUAGUAUUAAAACUAGAUAAACUGGGAUUCCAACGCAGCAAGCAAGGGAGACAGGAGCUCCCUGGACUGAUACUUCAGUCAAUAAUAGAUGAAACUUACUAUUAAGAGUAGAUAAACUGGGAUUCCAACCCAGCAAGCAAGGAAGACAGGAGCUCCCUGGACUGAUACUUCAGUCAAUAAUAGAUAAAACUUAGUAUUAAAACUAGAUAAACUGGGUUUCCAACCCAGCAAGCAAGGGAGACAGGAGCUCCCUGGAGUGAAUGAAGUCAGUUAUUAUCUACUUUGAAUGAUAAUUUUCAUCUAUUUGACCCUAAGGUUGGGUCGUUCGUUCCCUCUGUCCUCGAGGGACCUGACUAUCUUCAGUCAAUAAUAGAUGAAACUUACUAGUAAAAGUAGAUAAACUGGGAUUCCAACCCAGCAAGCAAGGGAGACAGGAGCUCUCUGGAGUGAUACUUCAGUCAAUAAUAUAUGAAACGUACUAUUUAAACUAAAUAAACUGGGAUUCCAACCCAGCAAGCAAGGGAGACAGGAUCGAGCUUCCUGGACUGAUACUUCAGUCAAUAAUACAUUAAACUUACUAUUAAAAGUAGAUAAACUGGGAUUCCAACCCAGCAAGCAAGGGAGACAGGAGCUUCCUGGACUGAUAUUUCAGUCAAUUAUAGAUGAAACUUACUAUUAAAACUAGAUAAACUGGGAUUCCAGCCUAACAAGCAAGAGAGACAGGAGCUCCCUGGACUGAUACUUCAGUCAAUAAUAGAUGAAACUUACUAGUAAACCUAGAUAAACUGGGAUUCCAACCCAGUAAGCAAGGGAGUCAGGAGCUCCCUGGACUGAUACUUUAGUCUAUCAAAGUUAUUACUUACUAUUAAAAUUAGAGAAACUUUGACUCCAACCCAGCAAGCAAUGGAGUCAGGAGCUCCCUGGACUGAUACUUCAGUCUAUCGUAGUUAUUACUUACUAUUAAAAUUAGGUAAACUGGGAUUCCAACCCAGCAAGCAAGGGAGACAGGAGCUCCCUGGACUGAUACUUCAGUCAAUAAUAGAUGAAACUUACUUGUAAACCUAGAUAAACUGGGAUUCCAACCCAGCAAGCAAGGGAGUCAGGAGCUCCCUGGACUGAUACUUUAGUCUAUCAAAGUUAUUACUUACUAUUAAAAUUAGAGAAACUGGGACUCCAAACCAGCAAGCAAUGGAGUCAGGAGCUCCCAGGACUGAUACUUCAGUCUAUCGUAGUUAUUACUUACUAUUAAAAUUAGGUUAACUGGGAUUCCAACCCAGCAAGCAAGGGAGGUAGGAGCUUCCUAGUCUGAGAAGAAGAACACCGAAUUGUAUUCGCCCGAAUUCUGGUGUUAACUAUAGGACGAAUGAGAUAUACCCUUAGAAAGUUUCCACUUGAGAAGAUAUGAGAACUCCUUAAUGUUUUUGCCUGAUAUCUGCUCUUAACUAGGGCUAAUGGGAUUUGCAGUUACUAUCAUUUCAUUUGAGGAGAGAACUUUUUUCACUGGAAUUUAAUUUAUUUUUAAUUGCGUAUAAUUUCAUUUAACAUGGAAGAGACACUUCAUUGAUCUGUUAAAUAAACUAUUAGUAGAAUUAUUAUUAUUAUUUUAAUUGUUAUUGUUAUUAUUAUUAUUACUGAUAUACCAUGAGAUGAUUAGAUACCAUAAAAAGAUAACUGUAAUGAUUCAAAUUGUAUAUUUCACUUAGUAAACAUAGAUUUGAACCUUGAAAUUAUUUAAGUGCUUGACUCUCCACUGUUAUAUCUUUGCAGGUUAUAACAAGGCUUUUGCUGGACGCUUUAUAUAUAUCUAAGUGGAGACGUCGGAAAUGAAUUUAUUGUAUUUAUAGUGUAACUUUACGACUUGCGCAGUUGUUGUUACAGGGAAAAUGCUGUUUGAGGGUUCAGUGAGAGUCGACUUGUCUUUAUUGAUAUGAUUUUUUAUGUCUCGGCCCACUAAGAAUAUCUGCUGAUGGUCAGAUAUUUUUAGUGGGCGUUAAACUUCAUUUCUUAUCUAUAUCCCUUAUCGUUGCAAAUCAAAAUAGGUUGUAUCAGUUCAAUUUAAGUCUGUUGGUAACAUCCUCUAAGCGCUUGUUUCUUUUUCUUUAGCUUUUUUAUUUUCUAGAUUGAAUCUACCCGGUUAAUUUUGUUCAUCACGUGGGGAGGCGUUUUCUACGCUUCAGGUAUAAUGGAUAGUUUUCUCCUUAGGCCUACAUAUCGAGCACCAGGAGGAGCUCGAGGAGUUCGGAUUGAUAUACUCUAGAAUAAGAGCACAACAUCGUAAGAGUAGUACCCGGCGUCGUUUGCUAGUGAGAGAAUAGAGAACAAAGAAGUGAACGACUGAAAUGAACUCAUUUAUCCCUACUGCAAACGGAAAUCAGUAAUAUAAGUUUCUUAUAUGUGCUUAUUGCAAAAAGUACGGUUAAACCCCAAAAUGGUGUUGGGUGUGGCAGAAGUACCUGAAUUUUUUACAUUGAGAUGCUUUAUUUGUAUUUUGCUAACAGACAUUUACUUUGGUCGUUAUAUUUACUGAGUUCAGGUUUUUUUUCAAAUUACACUUUUAUAGUGUACCAAGAUUGCAAAAUCGUCAUCUGGUGAAACCUGUACUAGCUGAUGAAAAAACACCAACAAUGAAAGGUACGUUAUCUCUUGAGAAGAAUUGGAUAGCCCAGUUUUUACAACUGGGUUCGAGCUGGGGCGGUCCAAAAAAUAGCGGACUGUUAGACUGUAAAUCACUUAAAUAACUAACCAACGCGAAAAACAAGGGCACAAAAUGACCAGUACUCAAAUUUCUCCUUUUCUACAGUCUACUGAGAAACAUUGCAUUUUCUUCUGUUUUAGGACGUGUUUCUCAAGUUGGACAUCAGAAGAAGUGCCUGCGUCUUACAAUACAGCCAAAGUGA